CACCGACCAUAGCGACCCGGACACCCACGACCCCUGCGACAUGGCUUCCACCAAAGACACCUUCGUCUCCUCUGCCACCUACAACAGUCUCCCGCACAUAUCCGAUGUGGGUGAUGCUCCGGAAAAGCACGCAGACGCCCUACGAGCCCUCCGUGCGCUUCUCAAUGAGCACCAUGUGCCACCAGGCAUCAGCGUCCGACUCAUCCACAAGCACUACGACACAGAGGACGGCGAAGUCAUGGCCUUCAAGGAGGUCUCCGUUCCGUCACAAGGCAACGUGCUCACCAUGGGACCCACGUUCCCUUCGUCAAGCCCACCACUCCGCGGCAUCCACUUCUUCGUCGACGCGGACGGCGUCUUCCAGGCAUACGAAUACGCCAAUAUCGACGUCCCCGACAUGUCCGCAUACCAGACGUUCUUGGAUGAGUUUGGGCGGCUGAUCCUCGAACGUGGCCUGCAGCGCAUCUUUGGGCUGAAGCUCGACUGCAAGCAGGAAGCUCUAGGCUGGACGGAGUUUGAGUUCCCGGGCAAGCGGAGCACGGUGAUGAUUCCGACGGGAAUGCCAGUCCCGGACGAGGUCGAAUACACGCUCAAUGUGACGACCGAGUGGGGCAAGACGGAUGACGAGGCCUUUGUGAAGAGGGGUUGCAGCCACUGCGAUCAUACCAGGACUUGCAGCAAUCAUAACCGUCCGCACUGUGGCGCUGAAGCACAGGAGUUGUCGGGCUUCUACCUCGGAGGGCGGAAGAUCGACGCUGCUUCGCCAGUCUUCCCUAUCAUGAAUGCUGUCGCUGCGGUGUGGUAGUAGGGGCGCGCUGUACUGGACACGGCACCUAGUGCCACUAGAGCAAUGCGGUGAGGAGAAAGGGAGAGUUAUGUUUUGUUGGUGGAUGUUCGGCCCCUUGCUAUUGGCCUUGGUAGUGCUUUAGG